AUGUCAACGACAAAACUAGAAGGUGUACGGCACUCCCGCAGGAAAAAGGGAGAUUCGAGGUUACAACGACCAGAAAAUGAUGAAGACUCUGCGACACUUCAGAGUCGUUACGACGAUGUGGAGGAGCGCCGUUUAAAAGAAUGGGAAAAUUACCAGCGGAGUCAUCGCAUGAAGGAGGAACAGAACUCCUGCCGUGCCUUCCUGGAUAUGUCCAUUGAUGACGUUCUCAGCGGACGACUGGUAUUUGAACUCUUUGACGAUGUAGUGCCGCGAACCGUAGAAAACUUCAGGGCAUUAAUCACUGGGUCAUGUGGGAUUGACACCAACACGGGUGUGAAAUUGGAUUACCUUGGCACACAAGUGCAUCAUGUGGAUCACAACAAUAAUAUCAUUGUGUUGGGUGAAUUGGAUUCCUUUAACCUCUCCUCCACUGGCACACCAAUAGCGGAUGAAGGAUACCGUCACCGACACACGGAACGUGGGCUUCUCACAAUGAUCUCUGAGGGUCCUCACACAAGUGGCUCCGUAUUUGGCAUUACACUUGGUCCUUCUCCAUCUCUUGAUUUCAAGCAAGUUGUGUUUGGACGUGCUAUUGAUGAUCUCUCACUGCUAGAGAAACUUGAGGCAGUUCCUCUUGAUGAUGUGGGCAGACCCGUUUUGCCAGUAACUGUAAGCUUCUGUGGUGCAUUGACUGGAGAGAAACCACCUGGAAGACAACAGGUACCUGCUGCAGCGGAUGACAGUGCGUCAAGUGAACAUGUGAGUUGUGCAGGAGAGGAAUAG